AUGACGGAUAUCAACACCCGGUUCCGUGGGCUUCUGCAACGACCGUACGAGCCCACGUUCGUGCCGAAAAACAACGGCCAGCUGUACUACGACGUUCCGGAUAGCUAUCUAACUGAUCACUAUCGUCCGUUUGGGGCUGCACUUCAGAAUCGCUAUGGAACCAACGCACAGACGCGUAUUCCGUUGCCGAAUAUUACGGCGCCGGAUCUGGCAUACGCGGACUCCAUCGCUCGUCGGGGUGGAUUUUCGGUGUUCCAGCCAGCCCACCAGCGGGUGGCGAGUCAGCUGAUCGAGCUGUUCCUAAGCCAACCGAAUCCGGACGCGCUCAGUGCCAUGGCUGUGUACACGCGCGAUCGCAUUAAUGCGCCAUUGUUCCAGUACGCUCUGGCCGUGGCGUUGAUGCACCGUAGUGAUACGCGAGACGUCGAGAUACCAAGCUUCCUGGAGUUGUUUCCCGAUCGGUACAUCGAUCCAGCUGUCUUUCCGCAGCUACGUGAGGAGGGCACUCUGGUGGAACAGGCCGAUCGACGAGCGAUCGAGAUUCCGAUGAACUUCACCGCGUCGGAGCGUGUGGACGAGCAACGGCUUGCCUACUGGAGGGAGGACAUUGGCGUGAAUCUACACCACUGGCACUGGCACUUGGUGUAUCCGGCCAGGGGACCGGAUCGGAUCGUUCGCAAGGAUCGGCGUGGAGAACUGUUCUACUACAUGCACCAGCAGACGAUGGCUCGUUACAACACCGAGCGUUACGCAAAUGGUUUAGCACAUGUAGUGCCGUUUAGAAACCUUCGCGAGGCCAUUCCGGAGGGAUACUUCCCCAAAAUUACGCGCAGUUCCGACGGACGAUCGUAUCCCGCCCGGCAUCCUAACGAAUCGUUGAGUGAUCUGAAACGAGUCGAAGAUGGCGUCAUCGUGUCGAUAGCUGACAUGGAGCUGUGGACGUCCAGGAUACUAGAAGCGAUUGAUAAUGGGUUCGCGCUAUCGAGCAACGAUCAGCGCGUUUCGCUAGACAACGACAGUGGAAUCGAUUUGCUGGGAAACAUUGUGGAGGCAAGCACGUUGUCGGUGAACCUGCAGCACUACGGUGAUCUGCAUAACAACGGACACAACAUUCUGGGCUACAUACACGAUCCGGAAAACUCGUUCCUGGAGGGAUUCGGUGUGGUCGGGGACAAUACGACGGCUAUGCGUGAUCCGGUGUUCUACCGCUGGCAUCAGCACAUUGACGACAUUUUCGUGCGCCAUAAGCAGCGUCGUCCUGCGUACACUGGGCAAGAGCUCGCGUUCAACGAUGUGGCGGUGGACAACUUUGAGAUCCAGCUCAACAAAGCCAACGCCCCUAUAAACAUCCUGCUGACGUUCUGGCAGAGAUCGCAGGUGAAUUUGGGCACGGGACUGGACUUCGCACCGGACGGCAACCUUUUUGCGACGUUCACGCACAUCCAGCACGCACCGUUCACGUAUCGCAUUCGCGUGAACAAUCGCGCUGGUGCCACUCGACGUGGAACGGUGCGUAUUUUCUUCGGUCCCAAGACAAAUGAGCGAGGCCAAACGCUGCCAUUCCGCGAUCAGCGCCGUUUGAUGGUGGAGCUGGAUAAGUUCACCGUAAUGCUUAACGCAGGUGCCAACACGAUCGUACGCCGAUCGGAGCAAUCGAGCGUUACUAUUCCGUACGAGCGGACGUUUAGAAACGUGGCCGCGUCUUCGCUGACGGGUAACGCAGCCUUCCAGUUCUGCAAUUGCGGCUGGCCCAAUCACAUGCUGCUUCCAAAGGGCUCUCCCGAUGGGCUGGAGUACGACUUUUUCAUCAUGGUUUCCGAUUACACUCAGGAUCGCGUGGAAGAUUUCGAUGAAAACGUGAAUUGCAACGACGCGCAUUCGUUCUGUGGUUUGCGAGAUCGGCGCUAUCCAGACGCUCGUAGCAUGGGAUAUCCGUUCGAUCGGUUCACGCCUGGGUCGGUUGGAAGUUUGCAAGACUUUACCAAGCCUUACAUCAACAUGCGUGUGACUCCUGUGAAAGUUCGCUUUUCGAACACGGUCAUUGCGCGUUCCUGA